AUGGAAGGUCUUGAAUCUUUUGAUAAGGCUGCUUGGACAAAGGAAAUGUUGCAUGUAUUUUGUGAUAUAUGCAUUAAGGCAAUUGAUAUGGGAAUGAGACCUAAUACUCAUUUCGAUAAAACGGGGUGGAAAUUUCUUAUAACAUCAUUCAAAGAACAAACUGGCCAUGCAUUUACUAAAACACAGUUGAAAAACAAAUGGGAUGGAUGCAAAAAGGAUUGGAGGAUAUGGAAUAAGCUGGUUUCUGAAACUGGUAUUGGCUGGAAUAGUGAGUUAGGCACAAUCGCAGCUAGCGAUGAGUGGUGGAAACAAAAAAUUCAGGAAAUUAGAGGAGCCAAAAAAUUCAGACAUGUUGGUAUUGAGCCGUCUUUGAAGAAUAAAUUUGACCGAAUGUAUUCCAACGUUGUCGUAACUGGAGCGUAUGCAUGGGCUCCUUCAUCAGGUGUACCUGCUGGUAGUGAUGUUGAUCCUGGUACAAGCAAUGCCGACAUUGCUCAUGAUGGUUUGGAAGAGGGCAGUGGUGAUUCGGAGGAAGAUGUGAUUCCAGAUUUCUAG